AUGAGUGAAAGUUCGACGACCGACUUGGCACGUGCUUGGGAGUCAGUGCCAGAGCUACGUAGGCGUGCGCACCAACUUCAGCUUGUGACCUUUACCCAGGAGGAUCGCAUCAAUCGAGAUUCUUUGGUCCAAAACGAGCAUGUGGUGACCUUGGCACUCACCCACCUGGGGACCAGGGUUUGUGUUCAAACCUUGGAAGUUCACAUUGAAAGCUUCUAUUGCCUGAUGAAUAUCCCCAUUCCUCGUAAUAUGGUGAGCAUUCAAGCCUGGGCUCUACGAAGGAUGAUUUCGGUGUACAACCUUGUGACCCGACGUCCCCAUGUUCCUCGAGAAAAGGCUUUGCGCCGGAUCUUGAUCAAUCAGGGGUUCGACAUCGAGUUGGAGACGCCGCCACGGCCAGGGCCAAGGGCAGGUUCAUCAGGUGGUCAUGAUGAUGACCCAAUGGAUUCUUGUGAAGAGUGUGAGGAGUCAGAAGAGUUCUCUGAUGAUGAGAGCAUUUGUCCUCAUCCUAUUGAGUAUGUAGAGCCCAGCGGUGACUUAUCAUUUAAAGAAAGCUUUUCCAUUGCCCUCCAACAGGUAUGCGCAACAAAACCAUGCAUAUUGCAAGACUAUGCCGAGUUCGUCCUUUGGUCAUCCAUCCUAGGUUCCACUGGUUUUGAUGACAGUCAUCGCACCACUGGCGCCAUCAAAACGGAUGAGCCUAAGCCCGUCCUAGCCUCAAACAUGCGUUUGGUGUCCAGCCCCCUCUCCACAAAUUAG